CGAGCAAUUGCGCGUUCUUGUACAGAUUGACUCGCGAUUGCUCUUCCACUGCUUCAUCGUGAAUCGCGUGAUACUUCCCCAAGCUUCUCCGCCCCGAACAUCCGCGGCAAAGCACAUCCAGCCAUUGCGAACCACGCCAACGCUAUUUACGCCAUCUCCGCCUGCCCCCAUCGCCCUAGCCAUGUGGAGACCCCGCGUAUCCCAGCCCGGAACAGGAGCUUGUAGCUUCCGCAUGCGGGAUCUCAUAUGUGAAAGUGGUAAAGGAUCCGGAGAAACUUGCGCUGUUAUUCCUAUCGCGCCGAAUUGUUUCAGCUUCAAUUCCUCAAUUUGUGUGAAGUCGUGCAAUUAGCUCACCCUGUCUGUGCUUUGCCGUCUACAAAACAAUAUGGCAUUCUCUCUGAAAGGCGUCGCCUAUAUCACCGGCGCAGGCUCUGGGAUUGGCCAAUAUGCCGCCUACGCAAUGGCUCGACAAGGCGUCCGCUCCUUCGCCCUCCUCGAUCGCAACCCCGUCACCACGACCGUCCAGCAGUUGAAGAAGGAUUACCCUGAUAUCAGCAUCAAGGAAUUCGAGAUUGACGUUGCGGACGAAGCCGCCGUCAACGACAGCGUUGAGCAGACAGUCAAGGAAUUUGGACGAUUGGACUAUGCCCUCAAUAACGCUGGCAUUGGCGGCGCGCUCAAUACUACCGAUCAGAUUGAGAAGUCGGAUUUCGAGCGCGUCAUGAGUAUCAACACAACGGGCGUAUGGCUAUGCCAACGUGCGCAGAUCAGGCAGAUGCUCAAGCAGGACAAGCGGAGCGACUCGUACAGGUCGUAUCGCGGAUCGAUUGUGAACACCGCGUCGAUGUAUGGCUUGGUUGGGCCCACACUGAAUGUUCCCGCGACAGCGUACGCCACGAGCAAGCAUGCGGUCGUGGGCUUGACCAAGGCGGAUGCGAUUGCGAUGGCACCCAGAGGAAUCAAGAUCAACGCUAUAUGCCCUGGCUACGUUUUGACACCGCUGGUUGAGAGCACGAUGAACAAGGGCAGUGUGAUGGACGACGAGAGGGUGAAGGUGCCUGUACAACGGUUCGCGUCGAUGGAGGAGAUAGGCGAUGUCAUCGCGUUCUUGCAUUCUGACGCAAGUAGUUAUGUUGUUGGCUCGGCCCUUGUAGCCGAUGGUGGAUUCACGAUUCAGUAG